AUGGGGAUCUUCACUGUCAUCCUCCAACUUUGUCUUUUGUGGGGUCCAGUUCUAUCUGCAGGUGGCGUAAGGCAGGGGGCAGAGAGCGCCAAGACCCGGGCUUCCCGCUGUGUUGAUGCAGGUUUACCUGUGAGGCUGGUGAAUGGCGGUGACCGGUGCCAGGGCCGGGUGGAGGUCCUGUACCAAGGCUACUGGGGCACUGUUUGUGACGACAGCUGGGACACCCAGGAUGCAGAUGUCGUCUGUCGGCAGCUCGGCUGUGGCCAUUCCGUGUCAGCCCUGGGCGGGGCUCACUUUGGUCAGGGCUCGGGGAACAUUCUCCUGGGCGCCGUGUACUGCUCAGGAGGGGAGCUCUACCUGUCAAGCUGCCGCCAUGAUGGGUGGUACAACCACGAGUGUGGCCACAGGGAAGACGCGGGAGUCGUGUGCUCAGGUAGAGCAACUAUCAGCGCACCGCAGCCACCCCAAGGCCUAGCCCCUGUGCGCGUGUGCACGCUGGCAACAGGUCUUUUUCCCCCACUCUGAACUAUAUCUGGAUUGGCCUUGAGGCUGGUGAAUGGUGGAAACCGAUGCCAGGGACGUGUGGAGGUCCUGUACGGCGGCUCCUGGGGCACCGUGUGCGAUGACGGCUGGGACACCAACGAUGCCAACGUGGUCUGCAGGCAGCUGGGCUGUGGCUGGGCUGUGUCUGCCCCAGGGAAUGCCCGGUUUGGUCAGGGCUCAGGGCCAAUUGUCCUGGAUGAUGUGGCCUGCUCUGGGCAUGAGUCCUCCCUGUGGAACUGCGGCCACCGAGGUUGGCUCUCCCAUAACUGUGGACACCACGAGGACGCAGGAGUCAUCUGCUCAGAUUGGUGGACUACAACAACUCCUUACUACGAUUGGUGGCAUCCAACAACUACUCCCCCUGAAACAAAUGAUUUCAAUUUGGACCUGAGACUGGUGAAUGGAGGUCACCGGUGUCAAGGCUGGGUGGAGGUCCUUUACAGAGGCUCCUGGGGCACCGUGUGCGAUGACGGCUGGGACAUCAACGAUGCCAACGUGGUCUGCAGGCAGCUGGGCUGUGGCUGGGCUGUGUCUGCCCCUGUGCAUGUCCAGUUUGGUCAGGGCUCAGGGCCAAUUGUCCUGGAUGAUGUGUCCUGCUUUGGGCAUGAGUCCUAUCUGUGGAACUGCCCCAACCGAGGUUGGCUCUCCCAUAAGUGUGUCCAUGCUGAGGAUGCCGGAGUCAUCUGCUCGGUUCCAGCCCCCACUGUAAGCCCAGGGCCGGUGCAGUAUUCCUGCGGAGGCUUCCUGGCCCAAUCCUCAGGAAACUUUUCUAGCCCAUUCUACCCAGGGAACUAUCCAAACAAUGCCAGGUGUGUGUGGGACAUUGAGGCCCCGAACAACUAUCUGGUGACUGUCAUCUUCAUAGAUGUCCGACUUGAAGGAGGCUGCAACUACGACUACAUUGAGGUUUUCGACGGCCCCUCCAGCAGCUCCCCGCUCAUUGCCAAAGUGUGUGAUGGGGCCACGGGCUCCUUCACGUCCUCCUCGAACUUCUUGUCAGUCCGCUUCAUCAGUGAUGGCAGCGUCACGCAGAGCGGGUUCCAGGCCACAUUCUACUCCAUCCCUUCCAACGACAGCACCAGUCUGUUCUGUCUGCCGAAUCACAUGCAAGCCAGUGUGAACAGGGACUACCUCCAGUCCCUGGGCUAUUCUGCCGGGGACCUUGUCAUUUCUGGAUGGAAUGGGAACUACAGGUGUCAGCCCCAGAUAACUUGGAGCCACGUGAUAUUCACAAUCCCCUACACAGGCUGUGGAACCCUCAAGCACGUAGACAAUGACACCAUCAACUAUUCCAACGUCCUCAAAGCAGCUGUGACAAAUGGCAUCAUCAAAAGGAAGAAGGACCUCCUCAUUCAUGUCAGCUGCAAGAUGCUGCAGAACACCUGGGUCCACACCAUGUACAUCACCAACGACACCAUCCAGGUCAAGGAAGUGCAGUACGGCAACUUUGAUGUGAACAUUUCCUUCUACACAUCCCCCUCUUUCUCCUACCCCGUGACCAGCAGCCCGUACUUAGUGGAUCUGGACCAGAGUCUGUACCUUCAGGCUGAGAUCCUGCAUUCAGACGCCUCGCUGGCCUUGUUUGUGGACACCUGUGUGGCUUCUCCAAACCCCAACGACUUCUCAUCUCUGACUUAUGUUCUCAUCCGAAGUGGGUGUGUAAGGGAUGAAACCUACCAAACCUACUACUCGCCAUCACCCCGCAUCACCCGCUUCAAAUUCAGUUCCUUCCACUUCCUGAACCGCUUCCCCACAGUGUACCUGCAGUGUAAACUGGUGGUGUGCAGAGCGUACGACUACUCUUCGCGCUGCUACAGAGGCUGUGUGGUGAGAUCCAAGAGGGAUGUGGGCUCCUACCAGGAAAAGGUGGAUGUCGUCCUGGGACCCAUCCAGCUGCAGCCCCCUACCAAAGACAAGAACCAGCCACCCUCAGACUCCACUUCCAACCAGCGCCCAAGGCCGUGA